UUGCGCGUUCCUUUCUAUCCGCGUGCCCGUGGGUUAGCCUGUGUGUCUACGGUGAGGGUUCCAACAGGGAAGAGAAAUGCCGACAAAAAUCAUCUUUGAAACCGAAGAUCAGGCCAUGGAGGAAGAUGUGGACACUGUCGCGGAGGCUAAACCCCUUAAGAACAAGACCAAGGAGGGCAAGAAACUGAAGAAGAAGAAGCAGCUGGAGGACCAGGAAGAGCAGGUGGACCCAGACUGUGAACCUCCAGCACCAAAGAAGAAAAAGAAAAAAGACAAGCUGGCAGCGGACCAAGUGAACGGCCACAUAGAUGAGGCCACAGACAUCAAUGGCAACAAUAAUGGUGUUGAAACACCAAAGCAGAAGAUUAAGAAGAACACUGAAGGAGACACAGAGAAAAGAAAGAAGCAAAAGAAGGCAAUCGCAGAGGAAGCAACCAACGGACAUUCCACCCCAAACACCCCCAUUCAGACGCCCAUCCAGACACCGUCCCAGUCAAGUGAAGACUCAGCUAGCGACAGUGAAAAAGAAACGGAGGAGACACCAGAGCAGAGGGAAGGGGCCUUCUCCAACUUCAGGAUCUCCCAAGUCACCAUCGAUAAACUAAAAGCCCGGGGAGUCUCUCACCUGUUUGACAUUCAGGUGAAGACAUUUAAUCCUGUAUAUGAUGGAGAGGACGUAAUUGCCCAAGCCCGAACAGGAACAGGAAAGACUUUCUCCUUUGCCAUCCCUUUGGUGGAGAAGCUCCAGAAGGAUUCAUUGGUGCUCACCAGAGGCCGGGCUCCCAAGGUCCUGGUGUUAACUCCAACCAGAGAGUUAGCUAUCCAGGUCGCUAAGGACUUCAAAGACAUUAUCAAGAGACUGGCUAUCACCUGUUUCUAUGGAGGCAGCUCCUACAACCCACAGAUCGAUGCUAUCCGUAAUGGUAUCGAUAUUUUGGUUGGAACACCUGGUCGCAUCAAAGACCACAUCCAGAACCAUAAACUCGACCUUUCUAAAGUGAAACAUGUUGUUCUGGAUGAAGUAGACCAAAUGUUGGACAUGGGAUUUGCAGAACAGGUUGAAGAGAUUUUGGCUUCAUCAUAUAAGAAAGACUCUGACUCCAACCCACAGACUCUUCUGUUUUCGGCCACCUGCCCCCCCUGGGUCUACGAGGUGGCUAAGAAAUACAUGAGACCGGAGUGCAAACAUGUUGACCUGAUUGGCAAGAAAACACAGAGAGCUGCAACAACUGUAGAACAUCUGGCCAUAGCUUGCCACUGGUCACAGCGUGCAGCCGUGAUAGGCGAUGUGAUCCAGGUUUACAGCGGCAGCCACGGCAGAACCAUCUUGUUCUGUGAGACAAAGAAAGAGGCCAACGAACUUUCCAUGAAUGCAUCCAUCAAACAGAGUGCCCAGUCCCUCCAUGGUGAUAUUCCUCAGAAACAGAGAGAGUUGACGCUGAAGGGCUUCAGGAAGGGGGCUUUUGAGGUUCUCGUUGCCACCAACGUUGCAGCCCGUGGAUUAGACAUCCCUGAAGUCGACCUGGUGGUCCAGUGUUCUCCACCCAAGGAUGUGGAGUCAUACAUCCAUCGUUCGGGACGUACGGGCCGAGCAGGCAGGACUGGAGUCUGCAUCUGUUUCUACCAGAGGAAAGAAGAGGACCAGCUGCGCUACGUAGAAAACAAAGCAGGUAUCACAUUCAAACGAGUUGGCGUUCCCACUGCCAAUGAUAUCAUCAAGUCAUCAAGCAAGGAUGCUGUCAGGUUUCUGGACUCUGUUCCAGUCACAGCUAUCGGGUACUUCAGAGCGUCAGCUGAGAAACUGAUCGAGGAAAGAGGAGCAGUUGAUGCGCUAGCUGCAGCCCUGGCCCAUAUUUCUGGAGCCACAAGUCUAGAGCAGAGGUCACUGCUCAACUCUGAUGCUGGUUACACCACUAUGCAGUUGGUGUGUUCUCAGGAGAUGCAUAAUCUGGGUUACGCCUGGAGAACCAUCAAAGAACAGCUUGGAGACGAGAUUGAGAACCACAUUCGUGGAAUGACCUUCCUCAAAGGCAGAACAGGAGUUUGUUUUGAUGUCCCAGCUGACAAAGUCAAGGAGAUGCAGGAUAACUGGAAGGACGGUCGCCGUUGGCAACUGACUGUAGCCGCAGAGCUCCCAGAGCUGGAGGAGAAGCAGUUCAAUAACCGUGGCGACAGAGGCUUUGGAAGCGGUAACCGUGGUGACAGAGGAGGAGGGUUCAGAGGUGGAAGGGGGCGGGGUUUCGGGGGAAACGGUGGCCGUGGUAACGGGUUCCGGAAUGGCGGUGGUGGCUAUGGCAACAACAGAGGACACAAACGCAACUUCAGCCAAGCUUUUGAUUAUUGAAGUGCCGACCUGUGGACUGAUAAGACUGACUGUCAUUCAUCUGGGCUGGCAGUGAUUUUUUUUUAUUGGCUGUCAGUGAGAGGGAUUGAUGUAUGGCUGGUGGAAAUCUCCAUCAUGAUACAAGCUGAAUUGUAAGCUUUCAAAUAUUCACAAGUUUACAGUACAUUUAAUGACCAAUUUCUGCUCCCUGAAAAUAAAGCAAACAAAACAUGUUAUCAGAGAAUUUAUUUCCAAGUAGCCAUUCCCUUACAGGUUUAAGAUCAGAUUUUCUGUGUACAGUGUAUUGAAACAGUACCACUGGCAGCCAUUUUGUAAUACCCAGUGUGUACAUCUUUUAGGUGACACAUUAGUUGAAACUCAUGAAAUUACUUGUUCUUAAUAGCUGGGUUUUUUGUACUGGGUGUUUGGGGAACAGUGGCAGCAAUCAGACUUGAGCCUUUGUCCAAAAUAGAAGGCACACCAUUCUGACAUAACAACUUGCUGUUUGUUACACGACUACACUAGAUAACUGAGUGUGUAGUGUCAUCGUGAAGGUGCACUGUCCUGCAGACACUGUCAUGUGGGAGACACUAUGUUUCUGCUCUGCACCCACAGUGAUGAAAUGGGUGUUAACCUUUACAGUUGUGCUCAGUGUCAGAUUGCUGCUUUACCCUCAGCUGAAACAUCUCUCCCCAAAAAUAUAUUGGAUGAUUGCUUUGCAAUUGCCUCUAUUUAAUAACUGUGUCUACUGCUUCCAUUCAUUUGAAUGCAAUGAUUUAUUCAUUAAAAAAAGGUCAACUAAG